UAAAUUUAAUGGUGUUAAGUGAGUUAUAAUUCGAGUCGCUUGAAAAUAACACGAAGAAGAAUACCCGUAAAUAAUUUUUAAAUCAACCAUCUAAAAUCCGAAUGAUCAACGACCGCAUUUAGAUGUAUUAAAGCAUCGAAUACGAUGGGUACAGACGCGCUACCGUGCCCCCUCUGCUGCAACGAAUCCUUCUCCUCCCGGGAAUCCUUAAAGGAACACAUCAUAGACAUAUUGAACAAUCUAGUGUGCGAAACCUGCGACACCCGAUUCGAGAGCGUCUACAAUUUCGUCGACCAUUUGGAGACUCCUUGCGAAACUUCCAUCAAACACGAAAUACUAUCUCAAGAAAAUGGUAGCGUACAAGAAAACGGCGAAAGUAACGAACAAGAAGAAGAAUGCACCGUAACGGCUGUUUUGGAAGAACGAUUAGAAAACCAGAAGAAGGUGCAACCUGAAGAAGAGAAAGUAACUUACAUGUGUGUUAUGUGUAAUAUCCAAUUCAGCUCCAUCGAAGACCAUUUGGAUAAGUUCCAUGCAGGAGAGGAAGUUCUUUUGGAGACUGAAGAUGGGGACAACGAGCAGCAAGUUUCCGUCGAAUCCGACUUAGGGAACAAUUCGAAGGAAGAAGAAGAUGAAGAAGAAGAAGAAACUUUCGAGAUAUCCAACGAACCGAUCGACAACGAUCAAUUAGACCAAGCCGAAGAAGAGCAACAGCUACUCGAACACGAACAGACUCUAUACGAAAGCAAUUCGAACAAAUCGAAGAAACCCAUCCCGUUCCUCACGCCCCCCAUCACCGAGAACUACGCCAUCCAAGAAUUCGGCGUCGUGAAGAAAAUCACCGAAGAAGAAGCCGCCGAAAUCGUCGACCGAAGUUCCAUCGUACAAAUCCACCAGUGCCCCAAAUGCUACCUGCAAUUCCCCAAAAUCGAGCACUACGUCAAACACACGUGCAACAUCACCAAGAACUCGGUGAAACGCAACAAGUGCGUCCACUGCUCGGCCUCCUUCCAAAACCACCAAUCGCUCGUCGCCCAUCUCAAAACCCACGUGAAAACCUCCAAGGAUUCCCCGAACAAGAUCAUCACGCUGGGGCCUCACACGUGCGACGUCUGCAACACCAUGUUCCCGUCGUUCAAGAGCCUCCGGUUGCACAAACGCAUGCACGAACCGCUCAAGAACAAACCGAUCGAGUCGCCCGUGAGCGCCCAACCGGACGCCCAAGCGCGCCAAAUGUUCGUCUGUCACAUAUGCAACAACACCUACGACAUCGAAUACGAAGAGGUCCACAUGAAAUCACACACCGAUGAAGAUAACUUCUAUUGCGCCACUUGUAACAGGAAAUUCCUCACGAAAGAGAACCUCGAGAUGCACACGAAAGCCCACACGAACACCAAAAAGUUCGUGUGUUCCUAUUGCAAGAAACCUUUUACUACACACAAUUCGUUGAAUGUACAUGUUAACAAUCAUUGUCAUAAACGAUCGUACGAGUGCCAGUAUUGCGGUCGGAGGUUCUCGAGGCCCUGCGAGAAGGUGAAGCACGAGCGGAUCCACACGGGGGAGAAGCCCCACGUGUGCCAGAUCUGCGGCAAGGCGUUCCGCGUGAGUUACUGUCUCACCUUGCACAUGCGCACUCAUUCGGGAUCCAGACCGUACGAGUGCUCUCACUGCGGUAAACGGUUCAAAUCGCACAGCGUCUACAACCACCAUUUGCUUAUACACUCCGAUGUGAGGGCCUACAAGUGCCCCUAUUGCCCGAAGGCGUUCAAGACGAGCGUGCAAUUGGCGGGGCACAAGAACAGCCACGUGAAGCCGUUCAGUUGCACCAAGUGCAAUCGGCCGUUUGCUUCGUUGUACGCGGUGAGGGCCCACAUGGAGACGCACGAGAGGGAGAACAAUUUGAAGUUCGAUUGUUGGUUGUGCGGGGCUACUUACGCGAGGGCGUUCGCUUUGAAGGAUCACAUGAAUUCGCAGCACGCCGGUGAACAGGAGAAUGUUAACGAGAACGAAGAGGAAUCGAUGGGUGCGGAAGGGGAGGUGGUCGAUGAGGAGAAUAACUAUCGGAGCGAGGAUGAUGAUGAUGAGCAGGGGAUGGGAGAGGAUGAGGAUGAUGAGAAUAAGUUGGAUGAGGGGAUGAUGCAAGUGGAGGAAGUGGCGUAGAUUAGGUGGAAAUGUAGCACGAGGAAUUGUAGGUUUUAGGAUUAUGAAUUAGGUUAUUUUCUAUUUUGUGUUGUGUAACUGGUAAUUUGAUUCAAUAAAAAUAAUGUUUUUUGAUAGGUUUGAAUUCAUGAUACAAUAAGAU